UAAGAGAUAAUGACAAGAAAUUUCAAAUAUCCAAAUGGAAAUAAAUAAUCAGCGGCGGGCGGCGGCAUCUAUAAAGGCAGCUAAUCAGAUAUAUAUGAGUGACCCGUAGUAACAAAUUUCAGGCUAACAGAUUAAUUUUCAGCCAAGAAUGGAGGCUCUUAGCUCAAGCCAGCAAACACUCAGAUGUUGUGAAAAAGUGGAAGAUGGGAAAGUAGAGUGCAAGUGUGCAGAAGGAUGGUCUUGCUCCCUCACUAAAACAGAUAGUUCCAAGGCUGGCAAGCCCUUUUGCCAAUGUUCCAGCGGCACCACCUGUACCCGCCUGGAAGCAUCUGAUCCAGAGACCCAGAAAGCACUAGAGGGGUCAGAUGGUUGCAAGGUAAUAUGCAAGACAGAUGCAGGAUAUAGCUGCAAAAUCAGCAAAGCAGGGAAAGUGAUAGCUGAAUGUGGAGAAGGUUGCAUUUGCAUUGUUGAUGAAAAUGGCAAUGUUAAAUGCAUAACCAAAGCAGAAGAAACCUCCUGCUGUGCCUCUGGUUGUAACUAAUAAUUAAGACACUCUCCAACUAUGACCGGCAGCUUGCAUGCUGGAUUUGUGGCUUAGUUUGUGUUAAAACUUUUAGUAUGUAUGUGUGUUUUCAGUUUUUUGGUUUAUCAAAUAAAUAUGAAUGUCAGCUUGUUUAAAUUAUUAAACUAUGUAAAUGAGAUUUUUACUUUUGACUUUUCAGCAA